GUGGCUUAUGUUGUUAAACUUCAAACUCAUGAACGCAUAACGCGACGCCAUUUAUACAUUUGCUUGUGAAUGUCGUAAGCGCUAAAGUAAAAUUUGUGUUGUGGUGUUUAAGUGCAAAAACUUGUUAAUAUUGAAAAAAUGAGUUCUGAAUUAGAUCCUGCAAAACUGAAAGUUGUAGAUUUGCGAAAUGAACUUGCUGCCAGAGGACUAGAUCAAAAAGGAGUUAAAGCGGUUUUAGUUAAACGUCUGAAGGAUUACUUAGAUAAAGAAGCUGAGUCUAAAGGUGGUAAAUCAGAAACUUUGGUAACAAAAGCACAAGAAACCCCUAGAAAAUCGGCAAGAAAAUCAGCUGACGAGAAGGAAGAGGUGAAAUUAACAAAAACUAGUGCUGCAUCACCAAUUGCAGAAAAAGGAAAACCUCAAGAGAAAGCACCACAGGAAACACCUGCUCCUGCCAAACCAGACGAACCUUCUAAAGUCUUGCCAUCAUCACCCCAAAAAACAGCAGAAGUUAAUUCCAGUCGUCAAUCAGUUUCAAUUAAAGUGCCUGAAACAGAUAAAAAAAUAGUUGCCCCAGUAGGUCCUCCAAAAACUGUUCCUAAACCUAAAGAUGAAACUCUAGAUAAACCAAAAUCUUCUGAAAAACUAAUAAGUGAAGUAAAACACCCAGCAAGCUCUCCGGUUAAGGUGAAACCACCAGGGGAUACUAAGAUUGAGACAAAAUCUCCAGAAAAACCUAAAAUUGAAUCAAAAUUAACCGUAACAGCGACGAGUGAAACAAUAUCACAAGAAAAACCUAAAAGUGAAGUAAAAUCACCAGAAAAACCUAAAACUGAAGCAAAAUCACCAGAAAAACCUAAAACUGAAGCAAAAUCACCAGAAAAACCUAAAACUGAAGAAAAACCAUCAGAAAAACCGAAAAGCGAAUCAAAGUCUUCAGAGAAACCGAAAAGUGAAAUAAAAUCACCAGAUAAAAGUAAGAGUGAAGUGAAAGAAUUAGAAAAACCUAUGAAUGAAGAUAAAAAUCAAGAAAAAUCUAAAAAUGAUGAAACAUUAGAAGAACCACAGGUUGAGGGAAGAUCCAACGGAGAUGCGUCUAUUAAAAAUGCCGAAUUGGAUGACAUAAGUGAAGAUAAGGAUAAGCCAACAUCAAUGGAAGUACAAGAAGAAUCAGUUAAAACAAAAAAAACUGAAUCGAAAAGUGACCAUAGAGGAGAAAAACGAAAACGCAGUGGUGAUUCUCCAGAUAGGUCACCAAAAAGGCAAAAGACUCCUCCAGAAGAUGAACCAGAUAUCGAUGUUAACAAAGUUCAACUGAGUUGGUAUGACUCAGAUUUACAUCUUGUAAUAAACAAAUCGACAUUUUUAUCUGCUAAACCUUUAAAUGAUGGUGCCUUUGGUUAUGCCUGGGCAGGAGCUAGAGCAACACAUGGUGUUUCAGCUGGAAAGGUUUAUUAUGAAGUUAAAGUUACUGAUAAACUCAAAUGGGACGAUUUUUCUGUUCCCAUAGAACGUUUUAGAUUAGAUAAAAAUAAAAGGGACGAUCGGAGACAUUCAAGAAGAUCUGAUUAUAAAAGUGGAAGGAAAAGUGAGGAUAAAUCUAAAGAGAAAUCAGAUAAAAAAGAAAAGAAACAGGAUAAGAAAGAAGAAUCGAUGGAAGUAGUUGAAAGUGACACAAAUGAAGAAAAGCUUGCAGAGGGUAUUGCAGAAAGUAGCGACAAGAAAUCUGACGAAAAAAUGGAAACUGAGGAAAAAUCUGACGAAAAAAUUGAUUCUGAGACAAAAUCUGAUGAAAAAAUGGAAACCAAUGAUGAAAAUUCGGAAGAAAAGGACAAUGAAGUUAAAAAAGAUGCAGAAAAGCAAAAGGACAAUGAAGAGAAUAAAGGUGUUGAAAUGGAAAAGAACAACGAAGAGAAAGAUGUAGACUGUGAUAAGAAUUGUAAAGAGAAAAAUAAUGAUGAAAAAGAAAAAGAUGCUAAAGAGGAAAAGAAAAAAAUUGACGAAAAUAAAGAUAAGGAAAAAUCUGAAGAGGCUCCUCUACCAACUCACUUCAUUCGAAUUGGGUGGUCGAUAAUAAGAUCUUCCCUACAACUUGGUGAAGAUAAAAACUCCUAUGCUUACGAGUCUUCGGGAAAGUUUGUGAAGAAUAAAGAAUUUGUUGCUUAUGGCGUGUCUUUCGAUGCUGGAUCCAUAAUUGGGGCUUAUCUAGAUAUUUCCGAAAAUACUGUCACUUUCCGGUUUACAGUGAACGGAGAACUUCAGCCUGCUAUCGAAAUACCAAAAUCCGAAUUAUCUGAUGAUUUCGCUUUGUAUCCUCAUGUUCUUUCCAGGAAUUACGAAUUUGAGGUUAAUUUCGGCGAAAAGGAGGAACCUUUGGUUGGAAUAUCAUCAGAACUUGAAGGUUACAACUUUAUCAGCAAAGUUGACAAUAAAGUACCUGGUCUCAAGAGACCAGAAAGUAGAAGCGAUUGUGAGGUGCUUCUAAUGUGCGGACUACCUGCUUCUGGAAAAACCCAUUGGGUUAAUGAACAUGUUGUUACAAAUCCAGACAAAAAUUAUACUAUACUAGGUAACAAUAGUAUACUAGAUAAAAUGACAGUAUCUGGGGAACCAUUAAAGUCCAAAUACAAAGGAAAAUGGGGUGUCCUCGUUGAUAGAAUUCAAAAAUGUUUGAAUAAAUUGGUGUCCACUGCUGCUUUACGUAGAAGAAACUAUAUUAUCGAUCAGACUAACGUGUUCGCAUCAGCACAAAGCCGUAAAAUGCGGCCAUUUGAGGGCUUCAAGAGAAAGGCCGUGAUAGUUGUAGUUGGAGAUGAAGAACAAGCUAGACGUCAAGCUUUGAAAGAGGUCCCUGAUAGUACUAUUCUUGGAAUGAAAGCUGCUAUGGUGUUACCAGUAGUUGGGGACUGGUUAGAAGAAGUUUCUUACGUUGGUGUUGAUGAAAAAGAAGCAAAAGAGAUAAUCAAGAAGUACAAUGAAGCUGGAAGAGCAGCUGGAUUUCCAGCAGACAAACGUAGAGAUAACCGUAGAAAUGAUCAGGGAAGACACUUUCAAAGAAGGAGUGGAUACCAACAGUCAUAUCAAUCAAGUAGAAGAUGGGACAGACCACAAAGGAGAGAUGAAGGUGGUAGCAGUUGGAAAUAUGAUUCAAGAUCCCGUGACUGGAGAGGAAGCAGCUACAAUCAGAGGUCGAGAGAUUAUUACAGUCAAGGUAGUUAUGACAGAAGGAGGAGUCAAUAUGGUAGUAGAUCUUCUGGUGGUGAUUGGGGUAAUAGUGGCGGUAGUAAUUGGGGAAACCGAAGUCAAAGUACUGGUUGGAAUCAACCAACUUUUAGGAAUUACACCCAACCUUGGAGCAGUGGUGCAAACCAAAAUUGGUCCAAGUAUAAUUCAGGGGGUUGGCAAGGCUACGGUAAUAAUUGGAAUAGUUACGGACAACAGGGAAACUGGAAUCAGAAGUAAUCCAGUCCAAACAUCUCCGGGGGGGUAUUUAAAUUCAGAUAAAAAUUUUAGUUCGAAAACAUCAAUAUUGAUUCUGAUAAUUUACUUAAGUAAAAUAUUUUUUAAAGAGGGAGCCAUUUUUAAAAUAGGCACAGCAAUAUCAUCAGUCACAGCAAUCACAACAAACAACUUAUUCGACAAAUGUUUUUGCUGCUCAAAAUCAGCAAUCCUCUCAACCAUAUAAUGCUCAGGAGGCAUGGGCACAGUAUGCAAGACAGUAUGCCCAACACCAACAAAUGGCACAAGCUGCCGUCACAUCAUCCCAGAAACGAUAAAUUCUAUAAGAGUAGUAUUUUUUGUAGAAACAAUGUUCUAAAAUGAAUGCUUCUGGUAGUUUUACCAGUCCUUAUUUAUAUUAUGAUGACAACUGCUAUAGUCUUAAUAACGUUAUAAACUCUUGAUUUCAGGAACUACUGUAGUACAAAUAUAUCAGUAAUUUCAAAGAAUAAUCUAUUAACCCUAGAUUGACAUAUGAAAUUAAAAAAAAAUACCAAGGAAGACAUUUUCACCACCACAAAAAUGGUUAAGUAUCGUAAAAAAUUUGAUGUUAUGGGGCAUCUUCUAAAACCAAGAAACUGUUUUAUUAUGUCUAAGCCGAAGUUACUAGUUGCAUCAUUAAUACAAGAAGAGUUAAAAUAGAAGAAGUACUUGUAUACAUCAAUCCAAAUAAAUCUCCUGUCAUGUCCUGCGAUUUAAAAAAAUUUUUUUUUAGAGUAUUUGGCGGAUCUUCUAAUUUUUUUAUACAUAUUGCAUCAUAGUGAUUAAUACUAGGACUGUUGCUGAUUUUUUUUCAAAUGAACAUCAGCGCAAAACUUAGUAUUUACACUAUUUACUACUACUGCAUCUACAUUCACAAUUAUACAAUCACUGACGCGUGUUUUUAUAACCAAGUUAUUAUCUUCAGAAACUGAGUUUAUUCAAUCUCUGAAGUGGAUUCUUUGAUUGUCGAAACUCGCGUAAGUAAUUUUAUUGUGAAUUGGUGGUAGUAAAGUCUUGAAAACUUGGUUGUUAACUUGUUGUUACCAUUUUCCUCAGGUCUUAACUGUUAGACUAUGUCACUGUCUAAAAGCUCUUCUUCCUCUUCACUCAUUGAAACAAUAUUUCCGGACAAUUUCAUUCUACUUCAGUUGAUACAUUGGAACUCACAUUUUGUAAAUUUAAAAAAUGGUGUAGUGAAAUUGUAUUCUAACAGAGCCGAAUGUUAUUUCAGCUUUGAGUACUAUUUUUAUUAAUACAUUGUUUAUUACCAUUAUACUCACAUUUACAUAACCUGAUGUGUGUUCUGAGGAACAUAAAGUUUUUGUUUUCAGAACUCAAAGGAAAACAGUUGACAUAAGACGAUAACAUUGUUAUUGAAAUAAGUAUCAGGUGGUAUAAAUCUGAUAUUAGUGUUAAUAAUUAGUUUUUUGAGUAUAGAUAUCAAUAACGGUUCUUUAAAUUCCAAGUUAGCUUUUACUUCUCUGUUUAAUGUUUGUUGAGGAGAUAAAGCAUAGCUGUGUCAUGCAUGACACCAAUGUACAAUUCUAGUGUUAAUAAAUUAUUCCCACACAAAGCAAGCACUUUUAAAUUUCGAUAUUAUGGACAAAAAUAGAAAAUUUGAAACUAUUAGAAGCAAUUAUAGGAUAUAGUGUUGACUUUUUAAAAAUUUUAUUUCCUUAUUGCUUUUUAUAGAAAAGUUUAAAUUGAUGUGUGUACCUUAUUAGUUAUGAAAAAAAUGUACAUACCUAGAAUGUAUAUUUUGAAAAAGUAUAUCGUGCAACUAGUACGGAUUAUCUAUUUUCCACGCGAGUUGUACAUUAUACUUUUCCGAUGACCUACACUUUAUACUUAAUAUGUCGCCAUUUGAACGUAGCGCAUUUUGUAGUAAUUCCAAUUAUGAGGUUUCAUUUCGCACUUAUUCAUAGGGUGAAAUAUUAAGUAGCUCAUUUAGGUCGUUGGAAAAUAUAAUUUUUCUUUUGGUUUCCUAGUAUUCAAUUUAUCAGAGAAAAAAAUUGAGUUAUUUCAAAUUUUUUGUACAAAUUAUCAUGACGUAUCAGGUCAUAUUUUAAAAAAGGAUUGUAUAUAUUUUAUUAAUUAAUAUAGCAAAUAGAUUUUGUUUAAUGUGUAUACUUGAGGAUACUUAGUAACUUUAUUCAAAUUAUUUGUCUUUUUCUACAUAUUGAAAAAUAUGUAAUGUUUUAACAAACUUUAACUUCAUAAAUAAAUAUUUCUAGUAUA